GAUGAUGGUACGGUUGAGUACUACAACAACAUCAUAGUUCAGCCGCAUCUAAGGCUGGUGACUGGUCAAGGGAGGGGGUACCACGUCCGCUGCCGGUAUCGAAGGCGCGACCUCACACACUUCCACGUCUACCGGCCCAGAGCCGAGAGGCUGAGCUCCAGCGACGUCGCUAGCAGUGAAGAAUAUGACGAGGACUCCGGAUUGCUGCCCUCGAUAUCCAUGAAGAUAUUCAAAGGGGACCCCAAAAAUAAAGAAGUGGCAUCCACAGUGCAUGUCGGGGACAUUCUUACCCUCGUCGUGUCGUUGGAGAAACAACGGCAAUACGGCUUGCUCGUGUCUCAGUGCGCAGUUAAAGACGGACUCGGCUGGACUGAGCUCACACUGAUCGCUGACAAUGGAUGUCCCUUAGACGGCGACAUAAUGGGCAUGUUCCAGUACAGCAGCGACAAACAGGAGGCGCAUGUCACGUUCGCGGCUCACAAGUUCCCCUACACCGCCAGCGUGUACUACACAUGUGCGGUCAAGCUCUGUGACCUCAAGCACCCUGACGACUGCGAGCCGUGUACAGUGAAGUCGAACCGCGUGCGGCGCGACACGGAUGAUGACGAGGGAUCGCCGGCCACCGUGGAGCUGUUCUCGGGACUUUACGUCAACGAGGUAGACUCGCCCGACAAUGACGAAGUCAUUAGCGAAAAGAAAGAAGAUGAAAUCUGCAUCUCCCAAAAGAACUUCGCAAUAGGAAUUUGCAUCGCGGGCGUGAUCCUCAUGAUUUGCGUCAUCGCUGCCAUCGCUUUCAUCCUAGCCAGGAGACGCAACCCCAAGACGUACUCGCGCACCGGCAGCUCAUUGUACAGCGGACCUUACACCAACACCGGUUACUCACACACGAGCUAAAGUACAACACUGUGAAUCGAUUAUAAGGCAAUAGGUUAGAACGAUCGUUUGUGAUUUAAAUCAAUCGAAUGUAGUCGGUUGAAGUUUAAAAUCGAUUUCAACUCUCGGUUUUAUAGUGAUUGUGAGUUAAUCGAUAAUUGGUUUAGGAUGGUUGAUUGUGAAAAUCGAUCUCGAUAGUGUACAAUGGUCGUGCCUUCGCAUUUCGUUUUCGAUUCAUUGUAUGGACUAUCUGAAGAUGUCGGCACCGGUGUACUUAAACUUCUUAUAGAUAAUAACAAAUAAUUUGGUAUUUAACAAGUCAUCUAUCGUGUCUGUGUGUUUGUCGAUCGUGCCAUUAAAAUUACAUUAUAUCUAUUUCAUGAAGCAUCGAAUUAUUUUGCUGGGCGUAUUCCAUAUAUUUUUACACGAUUUGUUUAUAUACAAAAUCAAUGGUAUAUUUUAAGUUUUGUACGCUCGGCUAUGGCAAAGUGUUGCCAAUAAAAUUUUCAUUUUCUACUUUAGUAGUUUUUUAAUGGUUUGUAAAUUAGGGCGAAACACUAAUGACAAAUUGCACUGCCAUUAUUAUGGUAUACCGAAUACGUUGUGUUCAUUCCACAACGAUUGAGUCAACCUAGUUAAGGGAUUACCAUUUAAGAAUUAAUACCAUGUACCAUAACAUGGAACGAUUAAGAAUUGUACAAGGAAAGCAUGAGAAUUGCAUAGGUUGGUGUGAAGAAAAUUUGAAAAUUUUGAUGGCCCAUUUUACUAUUGUUUAAAAUGUCGACCCUAAAAAUUAGUUCCUAAAAUUACGGCACAAUCUCAAGCAUUGCCCAUAAAUAUGAUUCAUGGGAAUUUUACGUACGUUUUAAUCGUUCCGUAGUUUCAAAGGUAAUAUUUAUAAUAAUUAUGUGAUAAUUUGUGUAUUCUAUCUGUCCCGGAUUUAAUUUAGUUUUGUAUGCGCUGUAAUAUUUUAACGCGUAUUUAAUGGUUGCCUUCCGUUACGUAAUUAUAUAGUUAUAACCUCGAAUAUUUGUCCUGUGGUAAUAUAAUUUCUUUUAGUGGAAAGCUGUAGAGUCCAACUGAAAUCCUAUAUCUUAAAUGUUUUUAUAAAAUACUGUUAGUUCAACACAUUAUUAUUGGUCAAAUGACAGUGCAGCAGUUUCUAGGAAAGAAAUAUAUUCGAUUAUGUGUUACCAGUGUAUUAUUUCAAAAACUACUAAAUUAUUUACUUUUUCGAAAAUCAGUAAUAAUACUGCGAAAUUAAUGAUUUCAGUUGGAAAUGCGUUUCAUAUCUUCGACGGUGGUGGGAUUCUAUUCCUUCACGGAUUCACGAUGUAUUAUUGAAGUACAGGCUAAGACUUUCAUACGAAACAGUUUAUAACGACAAAUACAAUAGAAUCAAAUAAUUUAUUAAAUAAAAUUUGACAUUCAAAAAUAUAGUUUUGGAAUAUAAAUAAUUUUGUGUAGUUUUCUAAAGAAUGGUAUUUUCAGCUGCUGGUAGAAAAACUACAGUCGUUAUAACAGUUUCUAUUUUUAUCAUGGAUGCCAUAUUUUUAAGUUUAUGUAAGUCCGUCCAUUUGGGUGCUAUUUUACUAAGCUUGUAUUUUAAGUUGCUUUUUCUGCUUUGUUCGUAACAACGAAUUGUCGGCAUGUUUCAUAAUUACCCCAUUGGUGGUACACUAAUGUUUUUAAUUAUUUUAAUUACAAUGGGGUUCUGGAACUGCACCGACGGGAUGAGUGCGAUUCUGUUUUUUUUUUAACAAAUAUACUUACUCGAUAGGA